UAGCUCUUUGAAAGUAGUAUUCAAAUUCAAAACUUGUGGGUGGAGUUGGGGUGUGAAGGUGCAUAAAUAGGCAGUAGGAACUGCGGCAUUCACACUGAAACCAGGAACACCUUUGCAUCCUGGCAGGCGUCUGGGAGAGUAAACAAGGAGCAGCCAUGGAGAGGAGUUACGUGUCCGUGUUCCUGCUGCUCAUUGUCAUCUCCUGUGCUCUGGCAAAGGAUGCAGGCAAGAAGGAUUCAAAGGACGCUACCACUAAGCCAAAACUGCCUCAGACACUCUCCAGAGGCUGGGGUGACCAGCUCAUCUGGACGCAGACCUACGAGGAGGCGCUUUUCCGGGCCAAGCACAGCCAGAAACCCCUGAUGAUUAUCCACCACUUGGAAGACUGCCCACACAGCCAAGCCCUCAAGAAGGUCUUUGCUGAACACAAAGAUAUACAGAAACUGGCUGAAAAAUUCAUUCUCCUGAACCUUGUGUAUGAAACCACAGACAAGAACCUUGCACCUGAUGGCCAGUACGUCCCUCGGGUUUUGUUCAUAGAUCCUUCCCUGACUGUGAGAGCAGAUAUUACUGGAAGAUACUCAAACCGCCUCUACGCAUAUGAGCCCUCUGACAUUUCGUUGUUGUACUCAAAUAUGCAGAAAGCGCUGAAGCUCCUGAAGACUGAACUGUAAGGGGAAGAAGAAAGCCCUUAAAUAUGAUGAAGUCUUAUCUUCCAUCUCUUCUCCACACCUUGACACUGGUGAAGAGGCUAUUUAGAGUGAUAUUUAGUGAUGUGUAGUGAUGGUUUCUAUACAUAAACACUACAGUUUUACAUUAGCACUUUUGUACUGGGAAGCAUUUUUAAAAGCUGGAGGCUUUUACUUUAAGGCGUACAGAAGAAUACUGUAUGAUUGAACUGUAAAAAUGAUUUUUUUAAAAAUAAAUUCAUUUCAAGUGUUUACAUACAAAAAA